AUCUUCAAAACCUCCGCUAAUUCGUCACUUCGGUCGUCGGUUUCGUUAAUUCGAUCAAAAACGACGGGAAGAAAAUGACGAACAGUGAAAGCUUGCCGUUCUUUAUUAAACAACAACUGUUUGAAUCGUCCGAAACGUUUCAGAUACUGAAGGAGUGUCCCUCCUACUACUACGGACCUGCUAUCACUUUCGCAGAACUGGCUGAGGAUAACUCUACAAAGGAUGGAAUUGUUUCAGGUGGUUUUUCGUAUGGGGGAUAUAACAAAGAUGAAUUGCCACCUGUUCUUGAGGGAAUUGCUGCCGUAGUUGGUCCAGAAAUUCUCUUUGGAAAGAGUUGUUGUAAUGGUAGUAAAGGAAGGUCAGAGGUGGUUUCCAUUUCCGUUUCACAGCGUUUUGGCAGCGAAGCGCCGAAGACGAUGGAGGAGAAACGAAGAGUUAGUAGUGUUACGGUGGAGAAGAGCUUCCGGGGGGUGAGAAAGAGGCCCUGGGGGAGGUGGUCGGCGGAGAUACGGGACCGUAUUGGGCGUUGCAGGCUCUGGCUCGGCACUUUUGACACGGCGGAGGAGGCGGCGCGAGCUUAUGACGCGGCUGCGAGGCGACUAAGAGGAUCCAAGGCUCGGACUAAUUUCGAGAUCCCUUCGCCUUUACCCGAAACGUCUGCCUCGUCGCCGUGUUCGUCUUCAUCAUCGGUGGACAAGAAGAAGCCAAGAGUGCAACGUAGCAGGAGCUGUAUUGUCGUUACAUCUGUGGCGCAUCUGUUCGGUCCAGCAACCGAAGAAUGAGAAGCUAACAGAGUAGAGUUUGACUUGAAACUUGGUCUCAACUUCUCAGACAACAACACCAUCGCUGUAACUUCUAAUCUGGGAUUUCUGGGAAGACCUCCUUUCUACUUCUUCUUCUUCUUCUUCUUCUUCUUCUUCUUCUUCUUCUUCUUCUUCUUCUCUCUCUCUCUCACUUUUUUGGGUAGUCCUAGGCUCUUUAGCCUCUGUUAAUUAUCUCUGAAGAAGAAAACCUAUGAGAACUUUUUGUGCUUUGCAGAGAAUGUAUAGCUGUUUGCACCUUUGAUGAUGGUAAUGAGAUACAUAGAAAAACAAAAAGAGAAAAAAAAAA